CGGCACCGGCCGGAAGUGCCCGGCGCGCAGAGGCUGCCGCACGGGCUGGACCGGAAGUGUCGUGUCCACGUGGGGACGGGGACGCGGAGGCAUGGGGCGCGAGGGCAAGACCAAGAACCAGAAGCGGGCACGGGCGGCCGCCCAGCAGCGGGCUCAGGACCAGUUCGCCUCCGUCCCUCACUCGUUUGUCUUCCACCGCGGGCGUGUGGGCCGGAGCCUGCAGCAGCUCAUCCUGGACGUGCGGCGGGUGAUGGAGCCGUUCACAGCCAGCACCCUACAGGUGCGGAAGAAGAACUCCCUGAAGGAUUUUGUGGCGGUGGCAGGGCCUCUGGGCGUGACACACUUCCUGGUCUUCACCAAAUCCCCCACCAAUGUCAACUUCAAACUUGUCCGUCUCCCCGGAGGCCCAACACUGACCUUCAAAGUCACGCAGUACUCGCUCAUCAAGGACGUGGUGUCGUCACUCAAGCACCACCGCAUGCACGAGCAGCAGUUCACGCACCACCCGCUCCUGGUGCUCAACAGCUUCGGGCUGCAGCAGAUGCACGUCAAGCUGAUGGCCACCAUGUUCCAGAACAUGUUCCCCUCCAUCAACGUGCACAAGGUCAACCUCAACGCCAUCAAGCGGUGCCUGCUGAUCAGCUACAACGCGGACACCCAGCUCCUGGACUUCCGGCACUACAGCCUGAAGGUGGUGCCUGUAGGGGCGAGCAAAGGCCUCAAGAAGCUGCUGCAGGAGAAGUUCCCCAACAUGAGCCGGCUGGAGGACAUCAGUGAGCUGCUGGCCAAGGACAUUAACCUGUCGGAGAGUGAGGCCGAGCAGGACGGGACCCACAAUAUCCUGGAGCUGCCCCAGGCCUACGCGGGCCGGGGGAACAUGAAGGCCCAGCAGAGUGCCGUGCGUCUCACUGAGAUUGGUCCCCGAAUGACCCUGCAGCUCAUCAAGGUGGAGGAAGGGUUGAGCCAGGGCAACGUGCUUUACCACAGCUUCAUUCUCAAGACGGAGGAGCAGCUCCAGGUGGCCCUGGCCCGGAGGGAGGAGCGGCUGCGGCUGAAGGCAGAGCGGCGCUGCCGGCAGGAGGCCGAUGUGCAGCGCAAGGAGGCGCAGCGGGAGGCCCACAGGAAGCAGAGCCUGGCAGGGAUCAAGAGGAAGCAGCAGCAGCAGGGGGAGGAUGGCGACAGCGGUGCUGAGGAUCCUGGGAUGCCGGAGGACCAGGACCCGGCCGACCAGUCAGAUGACGACGCGGAAUAUUACCGGCAGGAGGUGGGCGAGGAGCCCGACCAAGAUCUGUUCCCUAAAAGUGCUAAGAGGAAACACGGGCCCCAGCGCUCCCCCCAGCCCAGCAAGAGACUCCGAACCAGCCAGGCUGGGGGGCAGCCUGCCAGCCCCCAGCCAGGCAGAGCCAGCCGCAAGGCGAAGCACAGGAGCCUCCCUGGCCAGCAGCAGAGGGGUGGGCGCAGCCCCAGGGAGCCGGGGAUCUCACAGAGGCCUGGCCAGCAGAAGGACCCACGGAGCCCCAAGGCCCACAGGCGGCAGGAAGGAGCACGGAGUCUGAAGCCAAAAGGACCCACGCAGCAGGGAACCAAGCGGGGCCUUAGGGUCCCUGGCUCCAAGUUCAAAGGGCCAGGGAAGCCGGGACUGCAGAGGAAGCAGGCAGCCCGGGGGAAAGGGGUGCUCCAGAGGCCCAGGGCCCCCAAAAAGGGGUGGCACAUGCGGGUGCCCUCCCCUCCCAGCCUGAUCUCUUAUGGACCCUACUCAGGCACAAGCCCAAUGCUGCCCACCUCGGAGCUUCUCUGGGGGCAGGAUGGGAUCUGUGGGUGGUUACCUGCCCCUCCCCGAAAGGGUGGCGCAAGGCCCUCCCGCCACCCUCCUGCUGUGGGGGAAGGGGAGGAGCAGCUUCUGCUGUCAGCUGCGAGCAGGAAGGAACUUGCCACUGCUUCCUGCCCCCAGCUGGGCAGCAGCACCGAGCUGGGCCAGGGCAGUGCCAGGAUGGCAGCACCAGGCCACCACGGGCCGGGGCCCUUCAAAGCUUCCCUCAGUUCGUUCCAGCAGCAGAUGUGGCCUGCGCUGGUGGUCGAGUUCUUCCUGGCCUUCGCCGGCAACGCCUUCGCCAUCUACCGCUUCGUGGCCCACGAGCGCACCUGGCACCCGGGCAUCGUGUACUCCUUCAACCUGGCCGUCAGCGACCUGCUCUACGCCCUCUCCCUGCCCUUCCUGGCCGCCUACUACUACCCGCCCAAGCACUGGUCCUACGGCCUGGCCCUCUGCAAGCUCGAGCGCUUCCUCUUCAGCUGCAACCUGUACGGCAGCAUCUUCUUCCUCACCUGCAUCAGCCUGAACCGCUACCUGGGCGUGGUGCACCCCUUCCUGGUGCACGGCCGGCUGGAGCCCCGCCACGCCAAGCUCCUGAGCGGCGCCGGCUGGCUGCUGGUGGCCGGCCUCUCCGCCCCCACCCUCUACUUCUCGGAGCUGCAGCCCCAGGGGAACUGCACCGAGUGCCUGGGCAGCGCCACGGACGAGCAGCUGCCCCGCUACCUGCCCUACAGCCUCUUCCUGGCGGCCUUCGGCUGCGGGCUGCCCUUCCUGCUAACGCUCUUCUCCUACGGGGCCAUCUUCCGCACCGUCUGCCGCAACCCCCACCUGACGCCGCUGGAGAAGCGCCAGGUGGGGUGGCUGGUGAGCGUGGGGGUGGCUCUCUACGCCGUCUCCUACCUGCCCUACCACACCCUGCGCAACCUCAACCUGGGCCUGCGGCAGCAGCAGGCCGAGGGGCAGGACAAGCAGCACGUGCUGCUCAUCCACUCCGCCUACCAGCUCAGCAAGCUCCUGGUCACCCUCAACAUCUGCACCCACCCGCUGCUCUACGCCGCCCUGGCCGACAGCAUGCGGGCCUGGUGCAGGGCUCCCCGCGGGCAGGACAGGGCCCAGCCCGCAGAGAACAUGGCGCUAAAGGCCUGUGGCUGACCCCGGGGAUGGAACCAGCCCCCCACCGUUGUGCUGCAGGCCCACAGGACGAGCUUUGCCCCCCCCGGGGCCAGCCGACCAUGCAGAGCAGCGGGGUAACAGCAGCUGCUCCAGCCUGGGGGAGACACCCUGCCCCCACGAGGGGGGGCUGGGCUGGGCUCCUUUGAGAUCAGCCAUUAAAGCAGAGUCUGAGCCCCCUG